CCCCGCCCCGCCCCGCCCCGCCCGGUCAGGUGGGCCCCGCGGGGCAAAGUCUCCGGGAGGCGACGCGGGAGCGCGGCGGGAUGGGCGCGCUGGGCCGGGCCCUACUGGGGCUGCAGCUGCUGGCGCUGACCCGGGCCGCCUACAAACUCUGGAUUCCCGGUACGGACUUCGAAGCCGCCGCCAACUGGAGCCAGAACAGAACCCCGUGCGCGGGCGCCGCCGUCGAGUUCCCCGCAAACAAGAUGGUGUCAGUCCUGGUGCGAGAAGGUCACAGCAUCUCGGACAUGCUCCUGCCCCGGGACGGGGAAUUCGUCCUGGCCUCGGGGGCUGGCUUCAGCGCCCAGGACGCCAGCAGGGACCAGGGCUGUGGCACAGGCGCCCCCGCGCGCUUCCUCGACCCCGACCGCUUCUCCUGGCACGACCCCCGCCUGUGGCGCUCCGGGGACGCGGCGCGCGGCCUGUUCUCCGUGGACGCCGAGCGCGUGCCCUGCCGCCACGACGACGUCGUCUUUCCGUCCGACGCCUCCUUCCGAGUGGGCCUGGGCGCGAUCCCCGGCCCCGCGCGCGUCCGCAGCGUCCGGGCUCUGGGCCAGACGUUCACGCGCGACGAGGACCUGGGGCCGUUCCUGGCGUCCCGCGCCGGCCGCCUGCGCUUCCACGGGCCGGGCGCUCUGAGCGUGGGCUCCGAGGCCUGCGCCGAGCGGUCGGGCUGCGUCUGCGGCAACGCGGAGCUGCAGCCCUGGAUCUGCGCCGCCCUGCUCCAGCCCCUGGGCGGUCGCUGCCCCCCGACCGCCUGCCGUGACGCCCUCCGGCCCGAGGGCCAGUGCUGCGACCUCUGCGGAGCCAUCGUGUCGCUGACCCACGGGCCCACCUUUGACCUGGAGCGGUACCGGGAGCGGCUGCUGCAAACCUUCCUGCCGCAGUACCAGGGGGUGCAAGUGGCGGUGUCCAAGGUGCCGCGCCCGGCCCGGACGCGCGACACCGCAGGCGCGGAGGCGGACGCGGAGAUCCAGGUGGUGCUGGCGGAGACCCGGCCGGAGACGGGCAGGGCGCGACGGCUGGCCCGCGCCCUCCUGGCGGACGUCGCCGAGCACGGCGAAGACCUUGGGGUCCUGUCGGCGACAGCUCGGGAGUCGGGCGCGCCUGUCGGGGACAGCUCGGCGGAGGGGCUGGACCGUGCGGGUUUGCGCGCGGAGCUGGCCGGCGGAGUGACGGCCGCGCUGCUCCUGCUGCUGGCGCUGGCGGCGGGCGCGCUGCUGCUGCUGCGCCGCGCUCGGAGGCUCAGGUGGAGUAGGCGCGACGGAGCGGGCCCCGGGCCGGGGCUGGCGCCCCUGGGCUUCUCCAACCCGGCGUUCGGCGCGGCGGGCUCCGCGGAGCCGCCGCAGCCCCCGCAGCCCCCGCAGCCUCCCGCGCGGAAGCUGGAAAACAGCAGCACCAGCCGCAGCUACUUCGUUAACCCGCUUUUCGCAGAGGCAGAGGCCUGAGCGGCCGCGAGACGGGUCCACCCUCGCUUCUGCCCUGCGCCACCCCCGGGAAAUGUCCGGGACCCUGACCUUGCGGGAUCCCCGCCCCCUUCUCCACACUCCUUGUCCCCCGCAGGCCAGGGUGGGGUGGCUUUGCCCAAUAAAGAGGUUUCCUGCCCCC